AUGCAACCUGAGAGAAUGCGGAUGAUCUCUUAUGCUCGGGUUUGUAUUGAGAUCAAGGCUACCCAAGUUCUUACCGAUUCUAUUGAUGUCCUCUUAAAUGGACAAACUCGUGUGAUCAAAGUGGAAUAUGAAAGGAUGCCGGCUGUAUGUGCACUUUGUGGCAUGUUCGGACACAAGUACAGUCCCCCCAUCGUGAUACGCAGUGACAACAAAGGACCAUCCGAGAUGAUGGAGCAUGAUGGCGUAUGGAAGAAAGUUACUAAGGGCCGUGGCAAACCCUCAACAGCAGCUACGUCUGAAGGUAUACUCAUUGUUAUGGAGAACACAGAAGUGCAGAAUGUUGGUGCUGCACCGGUUGAUGAUGUCCCGCAAGAUGAGCAGGUCCCGGAAAUGGACCAGCCUGACCCUAUCCCAUCUUCUCUAGUUACGUCUCUAGCUGCGUCCGACUCGGAUUCAUCGGUUGGAGAUACUGUCGGUGACAUUGCUAGUGACCCCGAAGAAGAACCAUCCACCGCACCGCAAAACACUCGAGGGAGAUCGAUAAUACGCAUGGGUGCUCGGGUCCUACCCGACAAGCCCGAAGCUCCCGUGAAUAUGGUUCUUGAACCAGCUACAGGCUCGAGUAGCAGCCCCCCUUUGGCGAAUGCACCUACCCCGAAGAAAAAGAAACGGGCAGCGAGAAAGAGGCGAUCGAAGAACCUUUCUUGCAUUGGUAUCGUUGAAACAAAGGUUAAGAUGUCCCGUUUUGAGAACCUUUCUGCUGGUUUAAUGUCGGGUUGGCUUUGGAUAUCAAAUUAUGACUACUCGCCUCGAGGGCGUAUUUGGCUUGGAUGGGAUCCGUGGAUGGUUGCCAUGGAAGUCCAAGCUAAGUCCGCCCAAGCUAUUCAUAGCUAUGUUAGGCUAUUAGCCUCCAACAAGGCCUGUUAUGUAUCGGUUAUUUAUGGUGACCAUACUUUUGUAUCGCGUCGGACCCUUUGGGCGGAUCCGGUGCAAUCUAGCGUUCUUUUUGCUGCAUCUCCAUGGCUGGUUGCGGGUGAUUUUAAUGCCAUUCGGGACGAUACAGAUAGGCUUGGUAGCUCUAAUGCUUGGAUCCCCGCGUUUGAUGAAUUUGCCACCUGUCUCACUCAAAGGGGGCUUGAAGAUCUUAGAUAUAUUGGCCACAGGUUCACUUGGUCGACUUCAUCCGGUCCCCAGCGUAAGCAAAGAAAGAUAGACAGGGUUCUUGUGAAUGCCCGGUGGUACUUGGAAUUUUCAUACUCUAAGGCCAGGUUAGCAUUGACUUCUACUCAAGAUGCUAUUACUCUAGACCCUUUUAAUCAAAUGCUAGCUAUUCAAGAAAAGGAGCAGCUUGCUACUUUUGCUGAGCUUAGACUGCAAGAAGAAUCAUUCUACAGGCAGAAAUCGCAGGUAAAAUGGCUCCGUGAAGGGGAUCAAAACACCAAGUACUUUCAUCACUUCGUGAACAAAAGGCAGCUUAGCAACCACAUCAUCUCGGUUGUGGACGAGAAUGGGUCCGUUAUCACGGAGCCAGGUCUAGUUCGUGGACACAUCAUCUCUCAUUUUGAGGAUCUAUUCAAUGGCAACGAUCCACCCACUAGACCGGACGUGCUGGAGAAUCGGUCUAUAUUGGCUAACACCCUUGAUGACCAACAGGUGCGGUUCCUCUCCCGGCAGGUCACCGAGGCAGAAAUUCGGAACACCAUGUUCUCCCUUGCAAAAGGUAAGGCUCCAGGGCCGGAUGGAUACAACGUUGACUUCUUCAAAUCUUCUUGGGAGAUUGUUGGUCCUUCCGUAGUGGAAGCCAUCAAAGAUUUCUUUAUAUCCGGGUGCCUCCUCAGGGAGCUCAAUGCCACCAUUCUUACAUUGGUGCCUAAAGUCCCCAAUGCAUCGACUAUGAAUGAUUUCCGGCCCAUUGCAUGUUGCAACACGGUAUAUAAAUGCAUCACCAAAAUUAUGGCAAACCGAAUAGCACAUGUACUACCUACACUCAUAAGUAUGCCGCAAAGUGCAUUUGUCAAGGGGCGGAGGAUAAGUGACAAUAUCCUUAUUGCAUAG